AUGUUAGUGUCGCAGGUGGAGAUAUUUCUCAGUAUCGUAAAUGAAGAGAUAUCACGGUGCCGUAGGUGGAGCCAUAAUCGGAGCAUUGCCGCUAGUUCUUAUCUCGGAGUCAUCGGUAGGUCAUAUCUAGGUAUCAUAUGUUGCUGUCCUAGCGGAGCCAGUGCCGUCGGUGAAGCCAUAUCGCAGUGUUGUAGGUUGAGCAAUAUGCUGUUUUCGUCUGUGGAGCCAUAUCUGGGUGUCGUCGCUGGAGCCAUAUCUCAUUAUUGUCGUUGUCCACUUCACAUCUAUGUGGUGCCGCUGGAGACAUAUAUCAGUGUUAUCUGUGAAGCUAUAUCUCAGUGUCGUCGGUGGAGCCAAUUCUCAGUGCCGUCACUGGAGCCAUAUCUUGGUGCCAUCGGUAGUUCAUAUUCCGGUGUUGUCGGCAGUCCAUAUCUAGAUGGUGCAUUUGGAGCCAUAUAUUGCUUUAUUUCUUUGAAGGCGGUGGACCCAUCUUUCUUUGGCUUCUCUGGAUCCAUAACUCGUCGUUACAGUCAUAUGUCAUUGUCGUCGGUAGAAUCAUAUCUAGGCGUCCUCUCUGGAACCAUGUCUCUUCGGAGUUACAUACUGGCUUUGUUGGUAGAGACAUAUCUCUUAGAGCCAUAUAUCGGUGUUGUCUCUUGUAGCAUACCUACGUCUCGUCGGUGGAGCCAUUUCUGUGUGACAUAUCUAUGA